GUUAGAAGAACAGUAUAAAGGAUAGGAUUCAAGAUUGGCUUAGAGCUCUUUGAUUUGCAGCAAUCCUUGUAGGACUUGCUAUUUCCCAUAGGCGCUCUGCUUUAGUAUUUUAAAUCAGUUUUUGGUGCGUCGGGCCGGGAAAGGACGGUUGCUGGAAGAGAUCUCGUGUCCAUCUGGGAUUAUUUACAACUUCCUGGCUUUUGGCCUCCAGAUCACCAGCCUGCUCCUAUCAAACACAAUCUACUUUGGAUCAGAGGUUGACUAGGAGACACAAAGAAGAUGAAUUCCCUUUUGGUCACUGCUGUCAUUACUACCUUUGUUCUGGCUUUGUUCCUCCCUUCAGGAAAUGCUUUAGUGUGCUAUAAUUGUCCAUAUGCGAACUGUGACCAAAAUACAACCUGCACAUAUGGAGAAGAUACUUGCUUAGUAGUACAUCAUAGUGGAGGAAGUUUGUCUACCUGCUGGACAAGUUCUCGUUGUGAUGUAAAUUCUAUUUCACUUGGUUUACAUUUGAGUAACUUCAAGUUCAGGUGCUGCAACCAGGAUUUGUGUAACAAUUCUCCAAAUGUUGUAGCUAGCAAGAUAGUCCUGUGUGGGGCUUUGUUGCUGACUAUUAUUCAUAUGUUAAAGUCUCUAGUGGGGAACUGAA